AAGCAGAAUCACUCACUCCCCCCAAUCAACCUCAAACCCAAAUUCUCUCAAAAACCUCUUCCAAUUCCAAUGGAUUCCUCCAUUUUCCAUUCCCCAAUGUCCGAUGUUUCCUCCAACUCAUCCUUCAACUCGCCGGACCGCCGCCACCCGAGGGACGCCCUUAGCGUCUACGCCGCCUCUCUUCCCUUCAAUGAGAACGACUCCGAAGAAAUGCUCCUCCUCGAUGUCCUCACCGAAGCGUCCCGAGGGACGGCGGAGACCCUCUCUCCUGCCAGAAUUAAGGAAGAGGAGGUGUCGUCGCGUGAGCAAGAGAGCGAUCCCCGCGAGGGGAAGUCCUACAGGGGAGUGCGGAAGAGGCCGUGGGGGAAGUUCGCUGCGGAAAUCCGAGAUUCCACUAGGCACGGCGUUCGGGUCUGGUUAGGCACGUUCGACAGCGCCGAGGCGGCGGCCCUGGCUUACGACCAGGCCGCCUACUCGAUGCGGGGGAACGCCGCUGUGCUGAAUUUCCCCGCGGAGCGAGUCCGGGAAUCGCUCAAGGAGAUGAGACUGGCGGGUUGCGAUCGAGACGGCGGGUUCUCCUCCCCCGUGGUGGCUCUCAAGAAAAGGCAUAGCAUGAGGAGGAAAAUGUCGGGCGUGAGGAAGAAGGAGAGAGGAGCGACGAGGGUCGAGAACGUCGUCGUCUUGGAGGAUCUGGGACCGGAAUACUUGGAGGAGCUCAUGAGCAGUAGUUCUUCGUACGACUGUGGUAGUCCACAUACGUGAACAAGCAGAUUCCAUUUCUGGCUUCAAUUCCAAAUUAUUAAUUUUUUGGUAUGUCCUAACGCUUUGUGUAUUAGGGAUUUAGGGGUCGGUCGGUGAAGAGAUAAUGUGAUUAGGAAAUCGCUGAAGUUGAGCAACUUUAUUUGAUCACAUCUGUAAAGCUCGGAAAAAGACAAAAAACAAAAAAAAUGUCGAAAUCGAUGGUUGUACUA